AUGGUUACCAUCACCAAGGCCACGACGAGGGACGUCAGAUUCCCUACGUCUCUUGACAAGACUGGCUCCGAUGCUAUGAACGCUGCUGGCGACUACUCGGCCGCAUACUGUAUCUUGCACACCGACUCGGACUUCUCCGGUCACGGCAUGUUAGNNACCUUCACAAUUGGUCGCGGCAACGAGAUCGUUUGCCAGGCAAUCUCUCUUCUUGCUGCCCGUGUCGAGGGAAAGAAGCUCGAGGACCUGGUCUCCAACUGGGGUCAGACUUGGAGAUACCUUGUUUCGGACAGUCAGUUGAGAUGGAUUGGCCCUGAGAAGGGUGUUAUCCACCUUGCUCUCGGUGCCGUCGUCAAUGCCAUCUGGGACCUGUGGGCAAAGACACUCAACAAGCCUGUCUGGAGAAUCGUUGCUGAGAUGUCUCCUGAGGAGUUCGUCUCUUGUAUUGACUUCAGAUACAUCACCGAUGCCAUCACCAAAGAGGAGGCCAUUGAGAUGCUCAAGAAGGAGGAGCCUGGCAAGGCUGAGCGUAUCAAGCACGCCGAGGCCAACAGAGCAGUCCCUGCCUACACAACCAGUGCCGGUUGGUUGGGCUACGGCAAGGACAAGAUGAAGGGCCUGCUGCAAGAGACCCUCAACGCUGGCUACAAGCACUUCAAGCUCAAGGUUGGAACAAGUGUGGCCGAGGACAAGGAGAGACUCAGCAUCGCCAGAGAGGUCAUCGGUUACGACAGAGGCAACUUCCUCAUGGUCGAUGCCAACCAGGUCUGGUCCGUCCCAGAGGCCAUCGAGUACAUGAAGCAACUCGCCGAGUUCAAGCCCUGGUUCAUCGAGGAGCCCACCAGCCCCGACGAUGUCUUUGGCCACAAGGCCAUCCGCGAAGCCCUCAAGCCCUACAACAUUGGUGUUGCCACUGGUGAGAUGUGCCAGAACCGUGUCAUCUUCAAGCAGCUUCUGCAACAAGGUGCCAUCGAUGUCUGCCAGAUCGAUGCUUGCCGUAUGGGAGGUGUCAACGAGGUCCUUGCUGUCCUCCUCAUUGCAAAGAAGUUCGGCGUGCCGAUUGUCCCUCACUCUGGUGGUGUCGGUCUUCCCGAGUACACUCAGCACUUGAGCACUAUCGACUACGUUGUUGUCAGCGGUAAGCUCAGUGUUCUCGAGUACGUCGACCACUUGCACGAGCACUUCUUCAACCCUAGUGUCAUCAAGGAUGGUUACUACACCACUCCUACUGAGCCUGGAUACAGUGUUGAGAUGAAGCCUGAGAGUAUGGACAAGUUCGAGUACCCUGGCAAGGACGGUGUCAGUUGGUGGAAGAGCGAGGAGGCCAGACCCAUCCUCGAGGGUGAGAGGAUAUAA